AAAGAAGACGGGGAACGAACGAAAUCGAAGAAGGAAUCGGAUAUUGCAACAGGUGUAAGGAUGGUGUAAAAUAUAGUGGGGGAACAUCAAAUUUGUUUUCUCACUUAGAGCGACACCACCGAAUUUUCCUUAAAUCUGAUGGAAAAGGUAAACAAUCGGACGAAGCACCACGAAGCAUGUUAGGACAGCCAACACUUGUUGAAGUGUGCCACAAACUUGACCAAUAUCGACCUUCAUCUGAAAGAUCAAAAGACAUUUCUGACAAAAUUGCAAUGUUCAUUGUCAAAGACCUUCGUCCGUUUAGUGUUGUGUCAAAUGAAGGAUUCCGUGCACUUGUUCAGACCUUAGAUCCCAGGUACACCAUGCCAUCUCGUACUUAUUUUAGUGAAACGGCAAUCCCAGAUAUGUAUGAUCAAGUUAAAGCAGAUGUAAAAUUGCAGUUGUCCAAAGCCUCAUCGGUGGCCUUAACCACCGAUGGUUGGACCAGUCGAGCUACUGAAUCGUAUGUAACCAUUACAUCAACACACAUUUCAGCUGACUGGCAAAUUCAUAAUUAUGUUCUCCAAACACGGGAACUUCCUCUAAGCCAUACAGGAGAAAACAUUGCCAAUGUUUUGAAAGAUGCUAUCAAUGAGUGGGGUUUGCCAGAGUGUUCCGCUUUGGUGACUGAUAAUGCUGCUAAUAUGUCGGUGGCUGCAAAACUUGUUGGCUUUCAGCAUCACUUGGGCUGUUACGCACACACUCUGAAUUUAGCUGCUCAAAAGGGAUUGAAAAUUAACAGUGUGUCACGACUGCUAGGCCAAAUAAGAAGAAUUGUGUCUUUUUUUCAUCGUAGCACAACUGCAGCCGCUGCACUGAAAGAGUGUUCAAAGGUAGUUGGGGUGCGAUCAGUAAAAUUAAUCCAAGAUGUCAGUACACGAUGGAACUCUGCCGUUGAUAUGUUAGAGCGUUUCCUGGAGUUGCAACCAGCAGUGUAUGCUGCUCUCAUGAGCAAAGAAAUUCGUUCAAAGGAAAAGGAUGUUACAACUUUAACUGAUGCAGAUGUGAUCCUCGCUGAAAAUGUAAUGUCUGUUCUCAUCCCCCUCAAAACAGUGUCUACAGGUCUCUGCAAAGAAUCGUGUCCAACUGCGUCCCUGAUUUUGCCUCUUCAAAAGAAGCUGUUAGAACAAGCCCUGACUUUCAAUGACACAGACACGCCAGCAAUAAGACAGCUGAAGCAGACAAUUGCUGAUGACCUGAAGCCAAGAUAUUCUAGCGCCAGUGUGAAGAUGUUUCUAGAGGAGGUUGCUUUGCUUGAUCCUAGAUGCAAAACAUCAUACUUGUCAGACGCUCAUGGUCUCCUUGUAAGCAACAGGGUCAUUUCUAGUGCUGCAAGUCUAGUACCUAGCGUAGUGGAUGACCCUAGCCCGGACUCAUCACAACAGAAAGUCACUGUUCUAGCUGACCCUAGUGAGGGAAAGCAGAUUUCGAGUAGAGCAGGUGGCUUAGCAUCCUUCCUGAGUGAUGUCAUGGCUGUUCAACCUUCAAAGCCUACCAAUGCAGUUCCUUCAGGACUUCAGCGAGCUACAGAGGAGAUGUUUCAGUAUUUGAAGUGUGAUUUAUUGGGUUUAGAAAAUGACCCACUCAUUUGGUGGAGAGAACAUGAGGGUAGUUUGCCACUGUUGGCUAUGCUUGCACGAAAGUAUUUGUGUGUCCCAGCUACGAGUGUCCCCUCUGAGCGUGUUUUCAGCACUGCAGGGGACAUUUUAAGUGCCCAGCGUGCAAGCAUGGACUCGGACAAAGUGGACAUGCUAAUAUUUCUUAAGAAAAACAUGAAGUAAAGUUAAAUGAGUUUUUUUAACAAUUGUGUUAUGUUACAUAGUUUGUUACAUAGUUUAACUGUUAACUGAGCAAUAAACAUGCUUUAAACAUACAAUAAAAGGUUAUGUUCUUU